GUUGCGUAAUUUGUGUUACUGUCGAAGUUUAUGGUCCAAACGUUUUUGAGUUUCCCUUUGUUUCGUAUAUGGUUUUUACAGAAAUCAGAUGUAAGUUUGGUCAAAAAACGAUUAAAUUAGCUAACAUAUUUUAAGAUGACCAAAGAAAAACGACACAGGAGGAGAGAAUCUCCGGAGCGGGAGUCUAAAGUGAAGAUAAAGCAGGAGAAGCUGAGCCCGGUAAGGCCACAGAGAUCACGCCGCUCUCGGUCUCGAUCCAGCGGCCACUCAAGUCCACCGAGGAGACGAACGAGCAGGUCCCCUGUUAGGACGAGGGACCGAUCUCCGGCUAGAAGAGAGACGUCUCCCACAAGGAGAGGCAGCAGAUCACCCAGAAACCGGAGAAGCCGUAGUCCUCAUCGUGGUGCUGAUGUCAAAAUAAAACGGGAGCGAGAGGAUCAUCGGUCGAGUGGAGAUGAGCGGAGAAGAAGAAACAACCAGCCAGAAGAAAGAAGGAGCAGGUGGGAAUCAGACAGACCCCAGGACAGAGACCGAAGCAGAGACCGGCACAGAGAACGAGACGCACUUGCCUCCCAACAAGCUGAGAGACAGCAACAUGACGAGCGGCGCAGGGAAAAUCGCCAAAGACGUGAAGAAAACGAAGAGCAAGAUUUCGGUAGGUCAGAAGAAGGAAAUGACGACCCAAACGCUGCUCCUGCUGAGAAGGAGAAGCCCAACUUUGGACUGUCCGGGGCGUUGACAGAAGAUACGAACACAUUCCGAGGGGUUGUGAUCAAGUACAACGAGCCACCUGAAGCUCGCAUUCCCAAACGCAGAUGGCGACUGUACCCUUUCAAGAAUGACGAACCCCUCCCAGUCAUGUACAUUCACAGACAGAGUGCCUAUUUGUUGGGGAGGCAGAGGAGAAUCGCUGACAUCCCCAUUGACCACCCAUCCUGCUCUAAGCAACAUGCAGUAUUCCAGUACAGACUGGUGGAGUUUACACGAGCAGACGGUACCACCGGACGCAGGGUUCGGCCUUACAUCAUUGACUUGGGCUCCGGCAACGGCACCUACCUGAACAACCAGCGUAUCGAAGCCCAGCGUUAUUAUGAACUCAAAGAAAAGGACGUUCUCAAGUUUGGAUUCAGCAGCCGCGAAUACGUCCUCCUGCACGAGUUCUCUGAUACAUCUGAAGUAGACAAAAAGCAGGAAGAUGAGGAAGACGAGGGCCUCGAUGAGUAAACAGCACUCAUAGACUCUUAAACCGAAGUUCAUUCAGGUUAGAUAACAUCAUCAUCAACCUUUUCUCAAACAGUUGUAUCUGCAGGGAGUGGAACAAUAAUGCGGAUUACAUUGAAACAAUGAAACACAGCUGGGUUGUAUAUUAUGUAAGUACCAAACUGUUGCUUAAACCUGCCACAACUGUCUCAAAGAAGACUUCCUAUUCUCAGGUUGUUUGUGUAAUGUCAGUGUGACGCAUGACUGAUCUCACAGCAGACUGUGCUCACAACAUAAAGUGCUUGGUGCCAGAUAGAGAUGUCUAGCCAAGUGAAAUAGUUGAUUAUAUUUUUGGAUUACAGCACUGCGUGCAUAGUUUAGCUGAAGGCUCAUCUCUUGUCGAUGUCUAUGGGCUAUUUAUGUCAUUGUACAUGAUAUGUGGAAUGUGAACUCUAGAUUCAUGUUUAUAAGCAUCAUUUAUUGUAAGAGUUUAACAUUACAGACUUUUAACAUGUAAUGAUAUUGCCUUCUUUGCUUUGUAGUGCAGGGAAAAAAGUUGAUUCUGUUCUUUGUGUAAGGAGUUUUUAUUUUUGUCUUUACUGAAGCCCACAUCAUUUAUAGUAAAGUUCCUUUUAUGUACUGUAAAUAAAGACAGUGAAAGUUUG